AUGCAAUACAAACAAGGAAGUGAAACAGUAGAUAUGAUCAAUACUCCUUAUAUACUUGUUUCAAGACCAUUGUCAUCGAAUGAAGAUCCUGAAGGUCUUAUUAUGGCUGGUACAAUUACUAUCAUUUUUGGACCUACGAUCGAUAUUUGUUUAAUUGGUAAUGGAAAUAUUGCAAAAAUAGCUGGAUGUCUUAUUUCAAUUCUAUUCUACACCUUUGGAAUAUUCGUUGCUUAUCGAUAUUAUCAAACAGGUUUACGAGUGUUUGCUUGGUUGAACAUAAUUACACUGAUUAUACUAGGUAUUGCAAUCGUAGCUUUGUUCAUCACUGGUAUCACAAAUUCAAAUAACAUUCUAUUAUCUAUUUAUAAUGGACAAUAUCCUAAUACCAUGAUUAAGACACGAACAGGUGCUUUCGUUUGUGCUUUUAUAUACAUACCUGAUUUUAUUCUUAACAUAAUCAUUGUCAAAUUUUCCUUCAAAUUGGCUAAACUUAUUGAUGCAAAAAUAUCUUUAACCAGUCAACAAAUUUAA